GACAAUGGACGGGCUUAUAUUGGGCUUUCUCUUGUGUGUUGUCACCCAUGUUUUUGGAGAAGGUGUCUAUGUUAUCAACGGAGAUCAAGUCAAGUUUCCAGCAACUGAAAAUUGCCAGAAAGAAGGAGCAACACUGGUGCACCGGCUGAACGAUAUCAGCACCCGGCCGGUGGCUCAGUGGGAUGAUGGGUGGAAGCCGGGAUCAGGUUACGAAAACCGGAUAAGUUCUAACAAGUCCGUCAUCUUCAACAGUGCAAACAUCAACGACAACGGACUGUACGAGUUCACCUGCGGCUCCAAGGAUGAGCGCAUCCAGCUGCACGUGGUGUUAUUCACCGACUCAUCGGUCACUGAGGGUGACACGGUCACGUUUCCGUUCUUCAGCGUGACGGCAGGAAAACGUGGGAAGUUCACGGUGGAACGAGACGGAGAGCCGGUGUUUCAGCUGGUCUUUCUGUCCAGGGUCAUGACCCGCGGGGCUGGAUUUGAUGAGAGAGUUUCUGUAUCACCUCGGUGGGAGUCGCAGGGUGACUUGACGGUGACGUUGAAGAGGGCUACGACUAGAGAUCAAGGUGAUUACCUUCUUUACGUUCAAGAUAAAGACAAUAACGGACCAAGGGAGGAUCUGUCUGCUGUGAGGCUGAGAGUCACCGAGAGAGUCCCGGACCAGACCACCAGCAGCCCGCCGCCUGUAUGUCCGACUCAGAGCGUCACCGACGAGACCCAGAAGAGGACUCUGAUGACCGCUGUCAGCAUCACAGCAGCCGUGGUGUUUAUCAUCACAGCGACUGUAUGUGUUCUGAUCGGCUGGUUCAUGAAGACCCACUCCUCCAGAGGGACCCCUGGACCCGGUGUUGCUCGAUGUUCAGAUGUGGGUCUGGAGCUACUGAACAGUGGCCCUCCUCGUGACCCCCCUGAAGCCGAUGAGGGCCGCUCUUUAGAAGGUUCUCACGCAGAGUCCAACGUCUAAAGACAUCCAAACGUCUUUUCGACCUUUCUCCUGAAAGCACAGCUGUCUAUGUAUUUUAUGUGCACGGAGCAUGGAGGAGGAGCAACUGCACCAAUGUUUGGACAAUUGAAUGUUUUUAAUAUAUAUGAAAAUAUAGUAUGUUGGUGCAAUCCCCAAAAAAAUAAUUUAAUU